UUAAAACAUGUGAAAAUUAAAUUUUAAAUUUUUUUACAUUAUGAUUUUAAUUGAUAGAAUUAAAACAUUAUAUAGCUGUAUACAUAUACAUAUAUUCCUCUUAUUAUAUAUUUAUUCUUAUAACACAGAAAAUACGCCUCAUCAGAAUCACAAUUAUGAUUUGCAUUUAGAGGUGGACUCCUUAAAUCCCUCACUCAAGCUAAAAUGGUAUCACCCACCUUUUACCAAAAAUUCAAUUUACAACUUGAAAAUGACUACUAUCAAAUAUAAUCUUCCAUUUUUGCUAUUAAACCAAUCUGUUUCACAUAAUAAUUUAUCAGAAACUAAUGUGCAAGUGAUUGGUGAUUUACGUACUGAUUUUUAUCCAGUCCCUGGGAGCAAACAAGCUUUUUCUCUGUUAAACUCUUAUUUUGCUCCAACAUUUAUGAAGUUUUACCACACAUCUCAUCAAAUUAGAGAAAAGCUAGUUGAUUCUCCUAAUCUCACUUACAUAUUUGAUCUAAUUCCUACAACCUUAAAUUCUGUAUUCAAUUAUUCUAACCAAUUAAUUUUCAAUGAAACUCAAUGGAAAAUCGAUUCAAAACACUUAAUCAUAUCAUCGAUGACAUCUUUUAAGGAUUAUGGUUCCUGGCAAGGCUUGGCAGCAUAUUAUCAAUGCUUAAAUGAUAGCUGGGAAAUUAUAGUUUCCUUGCAAUUGACUAGGAAUAAAGGUGAACAAUUAAAAUCAUCUUUGCUAACCAAUAUUUUGCAGCACGUGUCUUUUCUUAUUGAAUGGUGGGUGCCUGAUGUUUCUCUUGAUCAUGAUCAUGCUCAGCAUCAACCUACAUUUCAUUCAUUCCUUUAUAGUAAAUCAUUGGGCCACCUUAAUAAUGAACAUAACUAUCCAAAUAGUUCAAUCUCAUUAACUAUGUUUGAUAAUAUUAGCAAAAAUGAUUACAAGAAUGAUGAUACAAGACAUUGGAAACUAAAUUUGAGCUCUUUAGUUCCAGGUCAAAUUUAUAAAAUGGCUGUUUAUCCUUGUUACAGAAAAGUUUGCCUUAAAAGAACUCUUCCUCAUACUUCAUCUUAUACUAUUAUAGACGAUGGAAAAAAUUCUCAAACAGAGUCACAUCCAUCCUCAUUUUAUGAUUAUCCUCAAUCCUUUUCUCCAUUUACCUUUAGAACAAGGCCCAUCGCACCUACGAUCUCGUCAUACAACUUGACCAACGAUUCAAAUCUCCUUAUUAAUUGGGAGCCACCGUUACAACCGUCCCUCUUUGAUGCCUUUAAAAUUACGAUUCCCGGGAGGCCUCCUUUUAUAGCUGACACUCAUCUCCUGUCUCACAACAUAGAUCUCACAUCAUUUCGGGAAAAAUGGAACGCUAGUGAAAAUAAAAUAAUCGUUCAAACCGUUAGUGGGUUUUGGGAUAAAAUGGAAACCAAAUCGAGUCUUAAAACGGCAUAUAUCGAUAUUGGAAAAAUUCUGAACAAAAUCAAUUGGCCAAUGGCCAAACCAGAUAAUAUGACUCUCGACACUAUUACCGAUAAUAAACGCCCAUCGUCGGACCCUUUAUUAAUUCGUGAUUUGAGCUCUACUUCAUUCCUCGUGGAUUGGAAUGGAACUACCACUCAGUUCUAUUAUCCAACGUCGCUAUUUUAUUUCUUGAACGUUUCAUCUGACGGGAAAAACCUUGAGAACCGCUUCUUUAAAAAUCAAGAGACAUCAUAUCGGUUGCACGAAUUGGACGCCUGUACAAAAUACAUCGUAAAUAUCGACGUGUAUCAAAAUAAUAGCCUGACUCAGGCUCAUUCAACUUCCAUUUACACUCCUCCAUUUAGCGUCGAUUCGUUGACUCUCGGGGAUCCGGCCGACGUAUCCUCUAUGGCGCCAGCGAGUCUCACUUUUUUUUGGAUUCCUAGCGCCUUACAUCAACUUAGUUACGAUAAGAAAAAAUAUUCUUGCUCCAAUUCCACUUAUUACGAACUGAAAAUAUGGUACAUGAAUGGCCAAACAACUGCAGUUCCCAUCCAUAUCUUCAAAAUUCCCAGAAAUGUUCGAAAUUAUACCAUUCUAUCCGUAGGUUCUAUUUUUGAUAGCGCGUGCUCAUACAACGCCACAUUAAGUACCGUAUUUAGAUCUGAGAUGAAUGAAACGAUCAAAAGCCUCCAUGAUCCAUACGUCACAUUUGCCAUUGCUCCUAUCAAACCCAGCAAUGUAACCUUGUUUCAAAUAGGUCCAACCAGUUACAGGGCUCUAUUGAAUCAGUAUUUUGCGGACAGUUGCCCAUUUACCUCCAACGAUACGCUGUAUAUUAGUAUUGAAUGCAAUUCAAAUUAUUCGUUUCUUUCGUCGAACCCGCUUUUCUUCAAAGUUUUUGAAUUUAACAUAGCUAGUCAUCAUGUCAAUGAAUCAUCAUUGUAUGCCAAUCACCCCUUCACGGUUGAUAUUACCGAUUUAAGACCCGGAUUUCGAUAUGAACUCAAUAUCCGUUCUGGUGUCCAGGUGAACCAGCGAAUUGUUUACUCCCCAUCUCAUUUGAAGUCUUUCGUUAUAGCCCCUAUCCCCACUUCAAACAACCUCUACUCAAUAAAUCCCUCCAACCUCGAUUCAUCUAACAUCAACCCGGUUUUAAAUAUAGCCGAUCCGAUUUAUUAUCCGACAUGUUUUCCCUUAUCCAAUACUGAUUUUAACUAUACAACGUCAUUAUCCUGCCUCUAUUCUCAAUCACGAUUUGAUGCGGAGUCUGAAAUCGGCCCGGCUCGAUUAAUCGAUUUUUCAUCACUCGCGGAAGGGAAUAAAGACCAUUAUUCAUGUACCGAUUUUGAUUCAUUGGUUACGGAUGUUAGUCAACAAGAAAGUUGCCUUAAGAAUUCAUCAUCUCUUGAAGUGGAUCAUUCAUUCAGCGAUAUAUCUCUCAAUUGGAAAAUAGACCAGGACGAUUACAUGAAAGGUCACCCGGAGUUGAAAAAACAACAAUCAAGAAUUGAUAGAUUUUUGAUAGUCAAACAAGCUCUCUUUCCGACGGCUCCUAAGUCUAAUGUUAGCCACGACCACGCGGUUGAUACGUCCACCGCCAUUUACGGAGCGUUCGAGACCGAGAAAUUCGUUUUCGAAACUGUCGACACCGAAUUGUAUAUUCUAAUCGUAAAUCCUUCAUUAUAUUUUUCGACAAACGAAAAUCGAAGAAUCGGGGCAUUGUUGCCUAAUUUUUAUAACGGGCUUAAAUACAAAAUUUCGUUGUAUUCGGUUUCGCAUGGCUAUACCAAUGUACUUUCGUUUAGUCAGCCAACCUACAUUAUCACUACCCCUAUUUGCUCCUCCAACUUGACUGUUCUCAAAACAACAACCGAUCAAGUUACCUUCUCCAUCGCUCAAAAUGUUUCGGGGUAUUUUCGAUACUAUCGUAUAACACUGACUCCAAUCGAUACCUCCUACAGUGAUUCCACUAACAAAUUUCAAUCUUCUCGCAAGAUUCCCAGAAACCCCAAGUCCUCAUCUUUCAGAUCCGAGAUUAAAAUCAUCUCUAAACAUCCAUCCGGUAUACUCAAGGUCGAUGUGAUAAGGAAACUUGAAAGGAAUUACACUGCCGAUAAAAAGAAUGACCCUAAACUAGAGUUUCAAAAAGUGGUGCAUAGUUUGAUUUCGGGCUCGGGCUAUAACGCAGUUUUAACCGUUGUUGCUUCGAACGGGAAAAUAGCGACAUGUUCUCAAACGAGCUUUAAUAUUAAGCCACAAAUGGUAGAUUCAUCUCGAGUCGUUAUAGAUCCUUCAGAAAACAGUUUAGUCAUCAAAUGGCUCAUCCCUGAUUCUGGCCAUUUUGAGUAUUUUGUCGUUUACAUCUAUCCGUCACCAUCCACCCAAAAACCAACAUCGAUACCAGUUAUUAAUCCUGUAUCUGGCUAUAACCGUACACACGAAAACCGAAUAACCGGAACUAUGAUGUACACGGUCUAUUCCCGGACUUACAACGAAUACGAUAGCGGGUAUGACAUUGAUGAUUCCGCCCAUGAAACCUAUCAGGAAGCAGAAAACGAGGAGGUUUUGGAAGUCAGAGCGAAACAUUUGAAAUCUUACACGAAUUACGUUAUAGAGAUAGUUACCGUAAGUCAGGCCGGUCUCAUGAGCCAACCUCUGGUGCUCAAGGCGAAAACGCUUGAUUCUAUACCAGGUCGAGUGACAGAUCUAAAGAUAACCAACGUGAAACCAUACGAAUUGACUCUGGCCUGGAAUCCACCCAACCCUUUAGGGGGCAAUAUUCUCGGCUACAGAAUUAAAAUCGUCCAAAAGAAAACCGGCGAAUCCGAGGUUGUAACAUACCGGUUUACAUCGACUCACUUAUAUCCGCUCGUGUUGGAAAAUUUGAUUUCUCCCAAUACUAAUUACGAGAUAAAUAUUCAGGCGGAAACUGCUAAGGGGGAUGGACCUUAUUUACUUAACCCUUUGAAUGUAGUUACACCCAUAUGGGCACCUCCAAUCCCCCAAUCCGAUGCGUCUCCCAUCGUUAUAAAAUCAAUACGUCAUUUGGCCGAAAUAUUUGAUAUCAAACAUAUCGGCCUUUCAAUCAACAAUCAUUUUUGCGGGGAUAAUAUGAAUAAUUAUUCGAUCAUCACCACCCCUUUGUCCAAUGAAAUUGGAUUCCAAAAUAAUAAUACUCUAAACCAACGCGGAAUUCGGGAAUCCCUCGAUACUCCCCCUAAAAAUUCUAAAAAAGAUUUGACGCCACUCGGUUUAUUGGCUUACCUUAUCGCGUUCGAUUUUGUGAAUAUCAGCGAAGUUUGUUCCAAAAGUGGAGUGCACGGUAACGACUUGACAUCCUCUUGGAAAGACAUGUCUCGCGGACCUACCUUUCUGAUUGCCUUCAAGCACCCUUUGCUUAAGCCCCACGGGUUUUCUCAGAUCCACGGUCCUAUCAUCGAUAUAGCUGUCUUGCUUCGCUUUCAAAGUUUUCCGUCUCAAAUUAACGAUUCAAAUGUGACCACCUCUUCUGGAUUCGAGUAUAGGCUGAACUCUAUCGGCGAUUUGACGAGGUAUUUGAAAAACAAUGGUAGGAUUUAUGGGUUCAAAGAUCGAACUAAACGCAAAAUAAUAAGUUUAUCUUCCGUCAUCAAAUCUUACGAUAAAGUUUCGCCAAAGGUUAUCUCGAGAGAUGAACCAUAUUAUUCAUUUAAGUCGGCCGAGACUAUUUGGAUCUUUUACGUUAUAGGACCGUAUAGUCGAUGCAAUUCGUCCUCGUAUUCCAUAUUAGCUACAAACCAUACCGAUUAUCGGAAACUUAAUACGCUAUCAAGGUCUCGUGACAGUGACGUCACUUCGCACGAAAAAUUCGAUAAUGAAUUCGAUUGUGACGGGUUACCGCCUUACAUGAUUCCCGAUAACCACGAUGUUGAUAGCGACGAUGAAUUAGUUUUCGAAUACCGAUUCAAGCUUAGAGCUUUUACCACUCCUGAUCUAUAUACCGAUACCGUCUAUUCUGACCCAAUUUUAUUUACUCCUCGAGAUAUCCCUACUAAAAAAGCCUCAGAAAUCAAAAAGCAAGAAUUGCUUCUCUCAGCUGUCAAGUAUUCUUCUCCUGUCAAUCAAGUCAAUGCCCGCCAAUCGAUAACUAUCACUGUUAUCGUUAGCACGAUCGCCGGUAUUUUGAUUCUAAUAUCAGUUGGUCUGACUUAUAUCGCUCUCAAAAAAUGGGAUAUCAAUGAACUAAGUUUCAAAACGAAUUUUAUCUCUAACUCCAAGAACAAGAAUAACAGCUGCUUUUUAAACGGGAAAGAUGGUGAACCUUUUCGCUCUACGGCUCAAUGUAAAAACGGGCUCAACAACUUUCUCAGCCAAAAUAUGAAUUCGGUCCGACGUUCUUUCUUGAACAGAAACAGCCGACAAGAAAGGAUUUCCUAUCAUAUCGAAAACCCUUCCUUCGAAUUUGACGCGCAAAACGGUAGCGGCUUCGACGAUUUAACUUCCCCUUAUUCAAAUAACGGAAGGGUUCCUCACGCCAAUGAUAAUAUUUCCGGAAAUAGGUGUUGCAUUAAUGAUAAUAAAGAAGUGGGCGGAGGGAGCGGAAAUAAAUGCUUGGCUAAAAUAAAAAAUCGUUUUUUAUCGUUAACUACCUCUAUGAACCGGCGAACAAAAGUCCUCGCCAACGAUCGUAAAAAUAAUGGGGUCGGCUUUUCUAACCUAGGAACCAACACCUCUUUUUCCUCGGAGAGCCAUAAUUUCUGCGGUGAGAGCCGACUCGAUAACGAGGAUGUGGAUGAUCGAGGUACAACGGGAAACCAUAUGUGGGCCAAACCUGUGUGUUCUGUAGCGCCCACGACUCUGUGCUUCGAAUCUGCUGAAAGCUACUUUUUCAACGGACAAUCGCCAACACACGAACCUAUAAAAAUCCAGGAUUUUAUGGCCAAAAUAAAAGAACUCUCUGCCGAUGGAGAUAUCGGUUUUGCUGAAGAAUUCGAGGAGUUGAGAUACGUGGGAAAAGGCCAAAGUUGUAUAGCCGCGAGCCUGAAAUGUAACGCCAACAAAAAUAGGUUCACCAACAUACUUCCUUACGACCAUUCCCGCGUCAAGUUGCUUCCGCUCAUGCUCAAACAAAGCACCGAUACAGGUCAAGAUUCCGAUUAUAUCAACUCCAAUUACAUUCCGGGUCUCAAUUCGAAGCAAGAGUAUAUCGCUACUCAGGGCCCACUCAUCCGAACUAUAGUCGACUUUUGGCGAAUGAUUUGGGAACAGAAUUGUCGCGUGAUACUCAUGUUGACUCGCUUCAACGAAUCCGGAAAGGACAAAUGCGUAAGGUAUUGGCCUACUAGUGAUAGCGAAGAAAAGUUGUAUGGCGAUAUACUUGUCGAUAUCUCAAAUGAAAUUCAUUUCGAACAUUGGAUCGAGACUGAUAUCAAAAUAACUUUGGGUUCGCAAUUCAGACUGGUAAAACAUUUCUAUUAUAAAGCUUGGCCAGAUUUUGGGAUUCCUCAAGACCCAGACACUGUCUUAGAUUUUAUUCUUAGUUUUCGCCGUCAAAUACCAUACGGAAAAAGACCGAUUACUGUUCAUUGCAGUGCCGGAGUGGGUAGAAGCGGGGCUUUCAUCUGCUUGGAUCGUAUGAUUCAAUUGAUAUCUCAUUCCGAUUGUAACAAGAUCGAUAUAUUCGAAUCCGUCAAGGAAAUGAGACGCUUCCGGCCCGGUAUGAUUCAAAACGAGCAUCAAUACGCCUUUUUGUAUAGGUGCCUGGGGAGAUAUUUGCAAAAAUAUCUCGCUUUGCCCAUAAUUUCGGAUGAUAAAAAUAUCAACGACGACAAAAAAUCUUUUGUGGAGACGUUUUAUGCCGGAAAUUCGCUUCGCACUCCCAAAUCAUUUCGAUUAUCUCUCCCAAAAAAGGGAAUUCAUCGUAAUAGGACUAAUACAUACGAUAAUUGUCAUAGCGAUAAAGAAAACGUUCAGGGUAACGUCAAAAUGAGUGACGGCCAACAAGAUGACACACCUAGUGUUAACAUUACCGACGUCAGUUUUAUUGAAGAUGGCGGCGAAGCUAACAACUACCUGUCCACGCCUCAAACAUGUACCGCGAAUCGUUAUAAAGAUUCUCCCAAAGAAGAACAACUUCACCACACAGGUGAAAACUUGGGCAAAUUAGUCAAUAAUUUCGACAAAACGGACCAUAACUUUAUCACUUCAGACACGCAUUUAAGGCGACAGGAUUUGGAUGUUAUAGAAGAUAUUAUGGGAGAGAAUGUUAUUUAUUCGAAAGAUAUUGGAUUGAUUGAAGUCGUCGUCGACAGUCAUGAUAAUCAUGUUAUCUUAUAAUUUUCUAAGUAAUUUAUUUUUACCAUUUUAUGUUUAUUGCAUUUUAUUAUUGAUGUUAGAUAUUAAUAAGAUGAUAAAUAAUAGUAUGUACAUAUUAUUUUAGUUUCGCGAAAAAAAAAGAAAUAUUUUUGAAUUGAAACUUUUGCAUUUUUGCGUGAGUCUUAUUUAUUAUACGAUAUUUUAAAAAUUAUGAUUGAAGCGAAAUUUUAUAUACGCGUUUAAAUAAUUUUUUAUA